AUGUUUAGAAAUACCUACGACUCGGAUAACGUCGUGUUCUCGCCGCAGGGACGGCUGCACCAGGUCGAGUAUGCCUCUGAAGCAGUGAAGCAGGGUUCUGCAGUCGUAGGGCUGCGAUCGAAGACGCACUCCAUUCUUCUGGCAUUGAAGCGUUCGCUUGGAGAGCUCGCGUCGUACCAGCAGAAGAUGUACCGAAUAGACGAUCACGUCGGCAUUGGGAUCGCUGGCCUCACAUCCGAUGCUCGCGUUCUGAGCAACUUCAUGCGGCAACAAGCCAUGUCCUCACGCAUGGUAUUCAACCGCCCGAUUCCCGUAAACCGUCUCGUCUUUUCCAUCGCCGACAAGGCACAAGUUAAUACCCAAGAAUAUGGCCGACGUCCAUACGGAGUGGGCUUCCUUGUGGUCGGACAAGACAAGAAUGGCCCUCAUUUGUACGAGUUUUCUCCGUCCGGAAACUCAUACGAAUACUAUGCCAUGUCCAUCGGUGCACGGAGCCAGAGCGCAAAAACAUAUCUCGAGAGGCACUUCGAGAGCUUCAUGGAUUGCGAUCUGGAAGACCUCAUCCGGCACGGUCUGCACGCGCUCCGUGAGACACUCCAGCAGGACAAGGAGCUCACGAUCAGCAACACGUCCAUCGGCAUCGUCGGGCCUGCCGGCGCGCACGAGAAAGACGUCCCUCCAGAAGGCACAUUCCGCAUUCUGGAGGGCGAGCCGAUCCAGGUAUACUUGGACAGUAUGCAGCCCAAGACCCACGGCGAGGAGCCCCCGUCCGCAACGGCAACGGAGGCGGAGGCGCCUGCAGCAGACGGUGCCGCACAGCCACCAGCCGGGGGAGAUGAAGAUGUACAAAUGGCAGAGUAG